CUGUAAUCCUUUUUUUUUUUUUGCUGCUUAUAUUUAAUAAAAUUUGAUAAUGCUAAGAUACCGGUUGAAAGUAAUGCAGGAAUACAAUUCAGCUGUAUGAGCUCACAUAGCGAAUAAAUUAAAUCACCCCGAGAGAAACAGAUGGCUCUUUAUUCAUAGCAGCUCAUAUGGUUAUUAAAUUUACAUCGUCUACUGAAAUGUUUACCAACUUUAAAAGUACCUCCAUCUCUAUUACUGCUGAUUUUACCAUCAUCUUUACUACGUCUGAUAAGUUCGAGAAAUGGCUCAAAAAGGACGUGCUCUCGCAUUCUAAGUGGGUAUUUAAACGACGAUAUUCCGCCACAAGCAAUCACCAGUUCAUCAGGCAGCCAAUUAUUGAAGCUUUGCCAGGUCACACCGCCUUCUAUUUGUGUGAUCAUGCUGAUACCGAUAAGAAAGCUAAGAAUAAUACAGGUAUUAUUGAUACUACUAACGUUUUAUCUUCCGUAGAUAAUGAUCAAAAUAGUAGCAGUAACCAACUAGAGGUUAUGCAUCCUAAGAAGGCCCGUAUUACUAUGAAGUCUUCUAUCAAGAUAGGCUACAUUGCCAAAAUCAGUAAACGCGUCAUGGCGGACGGUGCACUCCAUGUUGAAUACCACCGGGAGCAUCCCGAUCAUUGCCGUUGGGAUAUCAAGAAAAUUACGAACUCUCAUUUGCCUUUGAGAUCAAACAAUGGAUAA